CUCACAAUGGUCUCGCGAGAUUUCCCCACCGCGAGAGUUGAACGAGAGUUUGAUUUUCUUUCACGAAAAAAUGGCGCCACCGAAGCGAAAGUCGUCCCAAACGGUGGAUUAUUCACAGAAACCGGCCCUAUCUGAGGUGAUAUGCCCGAUUUGUAUGGAAAUCCUGGUGGAGCCGGUCACCAUGCCGUGCUCGCACGAGCUGUGUAUGCCGUGCUUCCAAGAGAACGUCCAGAACGGGGAGGCAAACUUCGUCUGUCCGAUGUGUCGGCUGCGUAUCUCAAGUUGGGCUCGGAAGAACGCGCGGGAACACACGCUUGUCAACCAGGAAAGAUGGGCUCAGAUUCAGCGGUUUUACUCAGAAAAGUGUCAGAGAAGACUUCGGGGCGAGGAGAAUGAUGCACUGGACGAGCUGAGCGACGAAGAUUCACAAAUCACCAACUUCCCUGUAGUGUCACAACCAGGAGAACUCAGAAAAGAGUAUGAGGAACAGAUGAAAAAGUUUGAAGAGCAGCGUAAGAAGGAAGAGGAGGCAGCGCUGAAGGCCAGUAUGGAGUACAUCAAACAUAUGCAGGAGGAGGAGGAACAACAGCGCAGGGACAGGGAGGAGAAAAUCAGGAAAGACGAGGAAGUGGCCAGACAACUCAUGGAAAUAGGGUCUCCUGCAGUUCAGGGGAACAACAGCGAUGUGGUAGUCGCUACGCCGUCCAACAGUCGACUGUCUUCCAAGCAGACCAACGGCAGCGGCAGCAUCAUGAACUUUCUCACGCCGCGGUCAAACGGCAAAAAGGAGCCCGAACCAGAGAAGUACAUCACACCCCCUCCCUCUUGCUGCAGGAAAGGCUUACACGGUAACGAACUCUGCCAGCCAGGGAGUAGCAAGAAGAGUUCCCCGUAUCAGGAAACAGACACAAACCCAAAGGACAGGUCCAGUACCAGUAGCCUGGAGAAUGGAGAAGGGAGUCCGAACACUAGCGGCCACAACUCGAGCCAUCACAGUGACAAGGAGAACAGAAGUGAGCCCUCUUCCAGACCGGGGAGCUUCACCAUAGCACCUCGAGUGAAUAGGAGUAGUUCGGGGUCACUGAAAGAGCUGUUACCAGGGUUGGAAAAUGUCUCGCGGUCUGCUAGUGUGGAGAGUAGAGACAGCAUUACGGAGGAGCUCAACCACUUUAAGCCCAUCCACUCCUCUCCUCGUACGCCGCCCAAGAAGGACGCGGACGGCCGGUCGCUCUCCCCGGUGAUUGUGCGAAGCACGCCGAGGAAUCUCAACGGGGCGGACUUCGGUAAGGACACGUCGUACGAACUUGAAGGAAGCUCGAAAGUGCUGCAGCGGUGGUUAAGGGUGAUGGAGGAGCGUAACGCGGCCCAAGAAACUCACAUGAAGUCCCGAGCAACCUGCACCGCCGGCGCCGAGUCCAGUCCCAAACGAAAGACGAAAAACCGGCCGCGAAAUGCGAAACGUGAGCCAGCAAGUGCCUUUGAGGAAAACAUUGCAGACACAAAGAUGACAGCUAAUCAAUUUGAGGUGCCUGAUACCUUGGACUCCGACAGUGACAGUACUUAUAUCGAAAGUGAGUCUCCAAGGAAAAGAGUCAGAGUUGUGGAAGACAGCUCACUAGAAGAAGGAAACGUACACAGUAAUGGUAGUGUGAAGGAAGAGGGACCUUCGCAGUCAACGAAUGCACCGAACAAAGGAAAGGUAAAGCAGAAGCAGUCCAAACCUCAAAGGAAACCAAGUGGGAGUAAGAAGAUCGACUCUUACUUUGAGCCCAGCCCUCCCCAGUCCGUCCCAGAAGGGCUACUGAAAACCAAGGUCACGAACGGAAACGGUUCCACAGAACAUGCCACACAGGAUGAUUCUGACAAAGAUAGCGAAGUGUCUUCGUCAAGGGGUACCCCAAGAAAGAGGAAAGCUUCGAGUAGGCAGAGAAAUAAGAAGAAAGGGCCGUCCACCACACAGCAAAACACAGAAGAUACUUCAGCAAAACCUUCGGGAAAACGUACCUGUAAGACAAAGCACACUGAGCCCGACAACGCUGGUGACCACAACGGUGACAAUGGACACAGGCUUAGCCCUGAAGAAGAGGACCACAUGUUGGCUCUAAGACUGCAGAAACAGUUUGACCUGGAAGCCAAACGUGAGAUCGAACCCAACCGGAGGAAGGGAACCAUUGACGAGUAUAUGUUGAGGGGAUGUAGAAAGAGAACUCAGAGUGCAGCAAACUAAGUUUUUCGAGAUUCAACAGUUUGUGUGGUUGAGAGAUUAUUAUGUAAUGUGUACAAUCUAAGCACUAUAUCGGUUUAUAUGCAAAAUCUUGUUGAAUGGUUUUUAAUCACAUAUAUAUGUUUGCAAAUGUACUAAGGAUUGAGCAUCUAAUGGUCUAUCUUGACUACUUUUAAUUCUAAUCCUAGUUUUAUACCAAACAUGGUUCAAACAAGGCCAAUUUCUUAUAGAUUUCUUGGUAAAACUUUGCCCGUAAGAACCCAAAGCAGCGUUUUCUUAAGUAAUAUAUACCAGGUACUACAAUUUUGCUUCACCACUGCCACAUUCAUGACCAUUUGUUGAAUAAAUUCUUCAAGCAGGUUUCCAUUUUAUAUGUAUAUAUAAUAUCAUAUAUACAUUAAUUCUUCAGGAAAAACUAAGUGUGAAGUAUGCAUCGUUUGUCAAGAAUUCAAAUGUUGUAGUUAGACAUGUACUUUGGACAUGCAUUUACCAUGUUAUUUUAUGGUAUCUGCUCAAUUUCUUCCUGAUUUUUAGACACUGUAUAUUGUAUAGAGCUGGUUAUCUUCUUUACACUGUUAGAGGUUUGAUUAUAUAUUAUAUGUACGUUCACACGAUUUACACACAGUUAUAUAUUAUAUGUUUGUGUAUAGGAUGUGAAAAAUUCAGUUGGAUGGCAGUCAUGUUUGGUUUUAAACUGAUUGUUGAUGUCAAAUUUGUAUAGAAAAAGGACAGGGCUAUGGACAGAUGGACCAGAAAGAGUGGUUAGGUUUUGUUGACAAGAAUAAAAAACAUAAUGUGCAGCAAAAAAACAAAACAUUACACAGCAAAGUUUCAAAAGCAUCUGCCGAAGGACAAAAAACAUUGUGUUUAUUUGAUAAGAAAAAGUUUGCUCCUCUUUUAUAUUAACAGGCUUCUUCAAUGCCUAAAUGGUUUAUCCUGAAUGAAAAGUUUAAACUUCCUGUUGUUUAUGCCUUUUCCCAUCUCAGGCCACACCAAUUUAAUUUCUUGGUUCAACUCAAA